AUAAAUUAUGUUAAGCUUAUUUUUCAGAAAAGGAAUUUAUUUAGAUAUAUUUAAAGAAUAGGAAUUUUCAAAAUCCCACGAGGAAAAUUAAUAAUGAUAGAAAUUUCCAGUUUUAUAAGAAAAAAUCGAAAGGAUUCUGUGAUUAUCUUCGAUAGAUUAUGAAUAAAAUAGAAUCUUGUGAAAUAAGAAAUACAAGAAGCACAAUGACUUCACUAGUUUAAAUUACAAGUUCAAGGCAUUAAGUGGAGUUAUGCAGUGUCUCAAUAUAUUCAGUAGACUUUCCUUUCUUUUUUUUUUACUCUUUUUUGCAUAUGCCAUAAUCUGUCGCAUUUAUUGAAUUUUAUUGAGAGUUUGAUUAUUCUAAUUACAUUUUUAAAAGUAUAUACCUGCAUCAAUUUAUGUUUUUGAUAAUCAUAUGUUUACACAAAUGAUUAAAAGAGAGCAAAGGAAAAAAAAAGAAAAAAAACAGAGAAUAAAAAAAAAGUAUAGGAACACAGAAUGAUGAAAAAGAAUUUCUUUCUCUUUCGAAUUCAGCAUGAAGUAAAGGACCUCAUACAUAACUUGACCAGUCAGACGGGAACUGUCGCGACUGAGUGAACUCUUCGAUAUACUCUGUAAUAUUGCGUGCAUGCCGAAGAAAAUACCGCUAGUUUAUUUUUCUUUUCAUACACGUGCAAGAAAAUCAAAUGAAAUAUUAUACUUCUAAGUGAAAAGUAAAAGUAUUUCGGAAAUUUGGAUUAAUAAUUACGAAAAAUUGAAUUCCAGCUUCUCUAAAUUGGUAAUUUCUGAAAUAAAGGAACAUUUCCUCAAAACCCGCAUGUGAUUUUAAAAAGAAGAACUUCAUUCCAAUGUUUGGGCAAACAUUAUUUUAAGGAAAUUUAUUUUUUAUCGUAGGGAAAAAGAGAUUUUCAUUAAAGAAAAAAAAUGGCUCUCCCACCAAAUUUGAAAAGACAAUUUUCAAAACAUGGAUUGACAUUAUUUACUGUUAUUGGAGUAUUAUUUGGUGUUGCACUUGGUAUGAUACUACGUAAAAGUGGCAAAGAAUCAUGGACACCUCGUGAAGUAUUAUACGUCGAAUUUCCCGGUCACAUGUUUCUUCGAAUGUUAAAAGGCCUUAUACUUCCUCUCAUCGUCUCUAGUAUAAUCAGUGCCAUUGGCAAUCUUGAUCUCAGUUUAUCCGGAAAAAUUGGUAAGCGAUCAAUUUAUUAUUACAGUACGACAACGAUAACUGCCGUAACAUUGGGAAUUAUUUUGGUUUUGACAAUAAGGCCAGGUGAUUUUAAAAAUACAAAUUGCCCUCGCACAGCGGAGGAAUUUUUAAAUAAUUCAACAACAAUUCAUAAUGAAUGUAAAUUUUUCAAAUCAAAAAAAUUAGAAGUAUCACAUAAUAUUACAACUGUUGAUACAAUUCUCGAUUUAAUAAGAAAUAUAUUUCCAACAAAUCUGGUGGAAUCUUGUAUUCAACAAGAUAGAACAGUAUUAAAUUAUCCAAAAGACAAAAAUGUUUCUUCAUUAUACGAUUGGGAUAUAUCAUUUGGAGUGUCAAAAAGUAUGAAUACUUUGGGUCUUGUGAUUUUUAGCAUUAUUUUUGGAAUUACCGUUGCAAAAAUGGGAGAAACGGGAAAACCUUUACUCGAAUUUUUUAAUGCUUUAUCCGAAGCCAUGAUGGUCAUCACAAAUUGGGUUAUUUGGCUUUCUCCUGUAGGUGUAAUGUUUCUAGUUACUGCAAAAUUAAUCGAAAUCGAAGAUAUCAGUCAAAUUGUCGGUCAAUUGGGUCUUUAUUUUGUCACAGUUUUAUUAGGAUUAACUAUUCAUGGAUUUGUUACUCUGUCAAUUAUAUUUUUCGUUUGUACCCGAGAAUUACCGUUUAAAUAUUUACGUAAAAUGGGACAAGUUAUUGUCACCGCUUUUGGAACUGCAUCAAGUUCGGCAACGUUACCAAUUACUCUUCAAUGUUUAGACAAAAUGGGAGCUGAUCCGAGAAUAACGAAAUUUGUGGUUCCAAUAGGAGCGACAAUAAAUAUGGAUGGUACAGCACUUUAUGAGGCAGUUGCUGCAAUUUUUAUUGCACAAGUGCGUCAAAGGAGCCUUUCAUUUGGCAGUGUUAUUGCUAUUAGUAUAACAGCAACAGCCGCAAGUAUAGGAGCUGCAGGAAUUCCUCAAGCAGGUCUCGUUACAAUGGUCAUGGUUCUCGACACCGUUGGACUACCAGCAGAUGACGUGUCCAUAAUUCUCGCUGUUGAUUGGCUUCUGGAUCGAUUCCGAACGACAAUUAAUGUGGUGUGCGAUGCUCUGGGAGCUCUUAUCAUUGAGAAAAUGAGUAAACAAGAUCUUCAUGAAAUAGUUGAAAAUGAAGCAGACAAUAUAGAAUUACCUCACAUAAAAAAAACCGAAGAUAUUUAAGAUUUGUGUGCAAAGUUGGAAAAGAAAAUUUAGUAAAAAAGCAACAUUUUAAAUUUAUCACCUUUAAAAAUGAAAAAAAAAAGAAA